AUGAAGUUGUACGUAGCAUUUCUGGCAUCUCUAAUUCUUCUUCAAGUUGUCUUUUUCAAAGGAUAUGACUGCAAAGCUGUGCAAUUCAUCUUUGGGGACUCCCUUUCGGAUGUGGGCAACAACAACUUUCUAUCCAAGAGCCUUGCUAAGGCAAACCUUCCCUGGUAUGGUAUUGAUAUGGACAGCGGGCUGCCUAAUGGGAGGUUCUCUAAUGGCAGAACGGUUGCAGAUAUAGUAGGCGAUAAGAUGGGACUUCCAAGGCCUCCUGCAUUCAUGGAUCAAUCAUUAACUGAAGAUGUUAUCUUAGACAGUGGAGUGAAUUAUGCCUCUGGAGGUGGUGGGAUUCUGAAUGAGACGGGUUCUUUGUUUAUCCAGAGAAUUUGCUUCUACAAACAAAUCGAGUUGUUUCAAGGAACACAAGAACUGAUAAGGGCCAAACUUGGCGACACUGCAGCUGAAAAGUUUUUCCAGGAUGCUGUUUAUGUGGUAGCUUUGGGAAGCAAUGACUUCAUCAACAACUACUUGAUGCCAAUAAUUUACAACGAUGCCUCUACUUACAAUGACAAAACUUUUGUUCAGUAUUUGAUGCGUACAUUUCGAGAUCAACUUACGCUUCUGCACGGCUUAGGGGCAAGGAAAGUGAUGGUGUUUGGACUGGGACCAAUGGGUUGCAUCCCACUCCAAAGGGUUUUGAGUUCGUCUGGUGAAUGCCAGGACAGGACAAACAAAUUGGCCCAAAGCUUCAACCAACAAGCAGGCAAGCUUGUUGCAGAUUUGUCCAACAGCCUUCCAAAUGCGACCUAUCAUUUUGGAGAUGCUUAUGAUGUUGUCAACGAAGUCAUAAGUAAUCCAUCUAAAAAUGGGUUUUCGAACUCUGACUCGCCAUGCUGCUCAUUUGGGAAAAUCCGACCAGCUCUAACAUGUAUUCCGGUAUCAUCAUUGUGCAAGGACCGGAGCAAGUACGUGUUCUGGGAUGAGUACCACCCCUCAGACGCCGCUAAUGAGCUGAUCGCCAAUGAGCUCCUCAAAAAGCUCCCAUUCUUGACUCAAGCUUCAUCACCAGCCAUGCCACCAUCCUCAUCACGCUAGGAAUACA